CUGGGUUGAAUUAUUUGCAUAAACCUAUAAAUAAAAUUUUUGCAUUCCACACCCGCUUAUUCGAUGCCAUUGAAGGCGACAACAAAGACGUUUUGAAUGUGACACCAUUAAUUCAAUAAGUGAAGCUACUAUAAACACCAUUAAAAGAAAAAGCCCGAAAAAAAUGUCUACGAUUUUCCUACUAACGCUGAUUGCUGCGGCAACUUGCGCUCCUACCGACGAAUUCGUCGAAAGUUUCGUCAAAGGCAUCGAAGAAAUGGAGAAAAUCGCCGAAACCUACCAAUACAAACAAGAAAACUUCGUACCCGAACACUACAAUACUUCAGAAACGAGCGAAUACGAUUUUAUCAUCGUCGGUUCCGGCCCUUCUGGCUCAGCCAUCGCUAACAGAUUAUCUGAAACGCCGGAAUGGAAAAUCCUCCUCUUGGAAGCCGGUUACAUAGAAUCACCCGUUUCUCAAAUACCGGCAAUGGAAAAGUACCUACAACACACCCCUUACGAUUGGAGCUUCAGAACAACCAGCCAGAAGCACUCGUGUUUAGCAAUGGAAGAUAGCAAAUGCCCGUUGAAAAAAGCCAAAGCACUAGGCGGUACCACUGCAACCGACCAAAUGAUAUACACCAGAGGCAAUCGACAGGAUUACGACAAAUGGGCAGAUCUCAACCUCAAAGGCUGGUGUUGGGACGACCUGCUACCUUAUUUCAUGAAAAUCGAAGACGCCCAUAUUCCGGAUUUGGACAGGAAAUUACACAAUCUCGGAGGUCACGUCCACUUAGAACGCUUCCAACAUUCCACGCCAUUGGGUAAACACGUUCUAGAAGCCGGUCACGAGCUGGGCAUCAAAACCGUGGAUUACAACGGCAAAGACCAAAUCGGCGUAUCCAUACCGCAAGCCACCACGAAAGACGGUCGCCGAAACAGCGUGGCCCAAACUUACUUGGGACACGCCAUCAAACGUCGCAACCUGGAAAUCAGAACCGGCGCUUUGGCGACCAAAAUUCUCGUAUCGCCGCACACCAAAGAAGCCAACGGUGUCCAGUACCUCCAAGACGGUAAACUAAUAAACGCCAAAGCUACCAAAGAAGUCAUCGUAUCCGCAGGCGCCGUCAACACGCCUAAAUUACUGAUGCUCUCCGGAAUCGGUCCGAAGGAUGAGCUGGAAGCGCUCAAAAUCGAACCCGUAUGCGACUUGAAAGUGGGCCAUCACCUCAAAGACCAACUCACUUUCUACGGAUUAAAUUUCAUCGCCAAUUCCACCGCAAAACACCCGACCGUCAGAGAAUCGGUGGAGGAAUUGCUGCACCAUCACAACGGCCCUCUCACCACACCGGGCGCCGAAGCCGUAGCUUAUUUAAAGACAUCGGCUUCCAAAGAAAAACUAGACCUACCCGACGUCGAAUUAUUAGUAACAAGAGGCGAUCGAGUUAAAAAGGAAACCCACGAACACGACCGCUUCUCCAUCGAAGUCACCCUGCUACACCCCAAGUCCACCGGUAAAUUGAGCCUCCACGACGCCGAUCCCCUUCACCACCCUCUCAUAGACACCAACUCCCUCACGGACCCCGACGAAGAGGACCUGCACAGCAUGGUGGCGGGCAUAAAGGCCGCCUUGAAGCUAGCCGAAACGCAUUCUCUGCAGAAAUUGGGCGUCCGUCUCGACCACGAUAAACUACCGGCGUGUAAACACAUCGAAGACGAUGAGUAUUGGAGGUGCGCCGUGCGCCAUUCGGCCGUGAACAGGGGCAAUGUCGCCGGUACGGCUCGCAUGGGCGGCGAGCAUCAGGACAAAGAGGCCGUGGUGGAUGGCCGGCUCAAAGUCAUGGGAGUUCAUCGAUUGCGAGUGGCCGACGCCAGCGUCGUGCCGGUGACGAUUUCCGGAAAUUUGGUGGGACCGUCGAUCGUCGUCGGAGAAAGGGCGGCGCAUUUGAUCAAGGAAGAUUGGAAAUGAACCCAUGUUCGAACGUGUAAUUAAUGUAAAUAGAGUUUCUUAUGGUAGUUUUUGGGUUUUAGUUAAAUGAAAAUAUUACUGUUAUGUAGAAGAAAUAUCAAGGAAAACUGGUAAUAAAUUUCAACCGGUAAUCUUUAAUCAGAAAUAAACAUUUUAAUAAGUAAACAGUAGAUAAUU